AUACCUCCAUUUCAAGCAAACUUAGGUUAAUCAAAUUAAUUUACUCCUCCUUCUCCUAAUAGCAAAAUGUCACCAUCUCCGCCACAACAAGAAGAAGAAUUCAUAUUCCGUUCAAAACUCCCCGACAUUCAAAUCCCAACACACCUCCCAUUACACUCUUACUGCUUCCAAAACCUCUCUCAAUUCCACAACCGUCCAUGCCUAAUCAACGGCGACACCGGAGAAACCCUCACCUACUCCGACGUCCACCUCACCGUCCGCAAAAUCGCCGCCGGUCUAAACAGUACUCUCGGAAUUAAUCAAGGUGACGUCAUCAUGCUCGUCCUGCGUAACUCUCAUCAGUUUGCACUCACCUUCCUCGGUGCUUCAUACCGCGGCGCCGUCGUCACCACCGCCAAUCCAUUCUACACCUCAUCGGAACUCGCAAAACAAGCAACCGCAACGAAAACAAAACUCAUCGUAACUCAAUCCGCAUACAUAAAUAAAAUCAACGAAUUCGCGAAAAUCAAUAAGAUCAAAAUUGUGUGCACUGAUUCAUCCCCGGCGUCGUCGUCGGAUGAAGAGAGUGUUGUGCAUUUUUCUGUUUUAACAAACGCUGAUGAAAAGGACGCACCUGAAGUGAAAAUAAGUCCAAACGACGUCGUUGCGUUACCGUUUUCUUCAGGAACUUCAGGUCUCCCAAAAGGUGUUAUGUUAACGCAUGAAAAUUUAGUUACGACGAUAGCGCAGUUAGUUGACGGUGAAAAUCCUCAUCAAUACACUAAGUAUGAGGACGUGUUACUGUGUGUGCUACCUAUGUUUCAUAUCUAUGCGCUCAAUUCGAUUUUACUGAGUGGGAUUCGAUCGGGUGCGGCGGUGCUUAUUGUGGAGAAGUUUGAGAUUACUACGCUGUUGGAAUUGAUUGAUAAAUAUAAGGUGACGGUAGUGUCGUUUGUGCCACCUAUUGUUUUGGCGUUGGUUAAGAGUGGAGAGUCUAAUCGAUACGACUUGUCGUGUAUUAGGGCGAUGAUAACUGGUGCUGCUCCAAUGGGAGUGGAACUUGAACAAGCUGUCAAGGAUAGGCUACCACAAGCCAUACUUGGACAGGGAUAUGGAAUGACGGAGGCAGGACCACUUUCAAUUAGCAUGUCAUUUGCAAAGGAAGCAAUGGGGACAAAACCUGGUGCAUGCGGGACCGUCGUAAGAAACGCCGAGAUGAAAAUCGUUGACACAGAGACCGGUCAUUCCCUUCCAAGAAACAAACCCGGUGAAAUUUGCAUUAGAGGCACAAAGGUUAUGAAAGGAUAUCUAAAUGAUCCAGAGGCGACAAAGAGAACUAUAGACAAAGAUGGAUGGCUGCACACAGGUGAUAUUGGUUUAAUUGAUGAUGAUGAUGAGCUCUUCAUUGUUGAUCGGUUAAAGGAAUUGAUUAAAUACAAAGGAUACCAAGUUGCUCCUGCAGAGCUUGAAGCAUUAUUGAUUUCCCACCCAAACAUUUCUGAUGCUGCUGUCGUACCAUUGAAAGAUGAAGCUGCGGGAGAAGUCCCAGUUGCAUUUGUUGUAAGAUCAAACGGUUCAAAGAUAACCGAGGAUGAAAUCAAGCAAUACAUUUCAAAACAGGUUGUUUUUUACAAGAGAAUAAACAUUGUUUUCUUCGUAGACACUAUUCCUAAAGCGGCUUCAGGGAAAAUUCUGCGUAAGGAAUUAACUGCAAGACUUAACGAAGGUUUGGUGGUGGCCACUUAAGUCCGUGUUGUGUUGUGUUGUUUGUUAGCGAAUAUAUGCAAAUGCAGCUACAUGCAUUAAGACAAAAUAUAUUCAAAACAAUAUUAACUAUGUGUUCUCUGCAAUAUCUGUUUCUGUGUGUGAAUAUACUCUAUCUGAAAUUCGUUUUCUGAUGUGCAUAUUGAAUCAUCUAUGCAGCUUCCUUUUGUGAUUAAGGAAAAAAA